AUGACUGUCGUGUUCACAGAAUUGUAUGGCGUGAAGGUAUUUACAAAUGUUGGACUUUGGCCCUACAGCGAUGAAGGUAGCAUGCGAAUCUGGAAUGGCACUGUAAGACUCGAUGCAACUAAAGCUGCUGCCGAUCAUACCUACAAAGUGCGAUGUAGCUGCCAUAAAGAACAUCUGCGACAUUUUCGUAGCACUCAUGGUACUGGACAAGUGAAAAGCGGCGAAUUCAAGCAUUUAAGUAUCAAAGUACCAGAACCAGCUAUCAACACCGCUAUUAUGACAAUUUGGAUUGAUGAUUUGGAUACGGACUUGAACUUAUAUAUGUUAGAGGGUGCGAAAGAACUGUAUUUUGGUCCCAAUGAGACCGGAAACGAUUUGGCGGAAAUCGUUCUCAUCCGCUUAUCCGAAAAGUUACGCAGCGAAUUCGGAGUGAAAAAUGAAGAGACUGGAUAG